AUGCCGCCGCCGCGCUCCUCCGCGGGCGCCCCCUGCCGGUCGGGCCCCGCCCCGCCCUACCGGCGGAGAUCCCGCCCGUUCCGGCCCUCGCCCCGCCCCGCCCCGCCCCGGUCCGGCCCAGCCCCGCGCGGUAAGAUGGCGGCGGCGGCUGAGGCCGAGUGCGAUGUGGUCAUGGCGGCGCCCGACGGGCCCGGCGAGACCGACAGCGACGAGGAGGCGCGCAGAGAAGCAGAAGCAUUCAAGGAGCAGGGAAAUGCAUACUAUGCCAAGAAAGAUUACAACGAAGCGUUCAACUACUACACAAAAGCCAUAGACACGUGUCCCAAUAAUGCCAGUUAUUAUGGGAACAGAGCUGCCACGCUCAUGAUGCUGGGGAGGUUCCGAGAGGCGCUGGAGGAUGCUCAGCAGUCGGUCAGGUUGGACGACAGCUUCGUACGGGGCCACCUCCGGGAAGGGAAGUGCCACCUUUCCCUAGGGAAUGCCAUGGCUGCCAGCCGCUGCUUUCAACGAGUUCUAGAACUGGAUCAUAAAAAUACCCAGGCACAGCAGGAGCUGAAGAAUGCCACGACUGUGCUUGAGUAUGAAAAAAUAGCUGAAGUGGAUUUUGAGAAACGGGAUUUCAGGAAGGUUGUGUUUUGCAUGGAUCGUGCUCUGGAGUUCGCUCCCGCCUGUCACCGCUUCAAAAUCCUCAAGGCCGAGUGUUUGGCACUGCUGGGCCGGUACCCCGAGGCACAGUCUGUGGCCAGUGACAUCCUGAGGAUGGACUCCACCAACGCCGACGCGCUCUACGUGCGCGGGCUGUGCCUGUACUACGAGGACUGCAUCGAGAAGGCCGUGCAGUUCUUUGUGCAGGCCCUCAGGAUGGCCCCUGACCAUGAGAAGGCCUGUCUUGCCUGCAGGAAUGCCAAAGCACUUAAAGCGAAGAAGGAAGAUGGGAAUAAAGCAUUCAAGAAAGGCAACUACAAACUAGCAUAUGAACUGUACACAGAGGCACUAGGAAUAGACCCAAAUAAUAUCAAAACAAAUGCCAAACUCUACUGCAACAGAGGGACGGUUAAUUCAAAGCUUAGGAAACUCGAGGAAGCGAUCGACGACUGCACGAACGCGGUGAAGCUGGAUGACACCUAUGUCAAAGCCUACCUGAGGAGGGCACAGUGUUACAUGGACACAGAGCAAUAUGAAGAUGCUGUAAGAGACUAUGAGAAGGUUUAUCAGACAGAGAAAACAAAAGAACACAAGCAGCUCCUAAAGAAUGCACAGGUGGAACUGAAAAAGAGCAAAAGGAAAGACUACUACAAAAUCCUGGGGGUGAACAAAAACGCCUCAGAAGAUGAGAUCAAGAAAGCUUACAGGAAAAGAGCACUAAUGCACCAUCCAGACAGACACAGUGGAGCAAGUGCAGAGGUACAGAAGGAAGAAGAGAAGAAAUUUAAGGAGGUUGGUGAAGCCUUCACCAUCCUGUCAGAUCCCAAGAAGAAGGCUCGCUAUGACAGUGGGCAGGACUUGGAGGAGGAUGGAUUAAACAUGGGAGAAUUUGAUCCAAACAACAUCUUCAAGGCCUUCUUCAGCGGGCCAGGGGGCUUCAGCUUUGAAGCUUCUGGGCCUGGAAAUUUCUUUUUCCAGUUUGGCUAAGAAGCAAACAAACACAAAUCAAACCACACAUACCUGAUCUGCUUCUUUUAACCUCGAGUAUGGACAGCCCCAGACUCCUCCUCCAUCACGUCUCGUUGUCCUUUAGAGCAGUUUCAUUUCUGGGUUGGAGCCUCUGUUUGUGUGUUGUGUGUGUGAAGAGGAAACCAGCUCGGGAGGGGAAGGCUUGUGAAUUUUGUUUUACUGUUUAACUUUAUUAAAAAAGAAAAAUUGAAAAAAAAAUAAAAGCUUUGAAUCUUUUGGUCCCUCCAUGCUGGCCCGUGCUUUCAGCUGCUUCUGCCCCUCAACACAGAGGAUUUCCUGGAAUCUUCCCAGAAUCUCCACAUGUGUGAGGGAGAAAGAAUUCCUGGUUUGUUUCUGGUUGCUUCCAAAGCAGCAUGUCCAAGGUUUGGAGUAACUUGUAAGUUAUCUUAAUCUUUUGGAAAUACUGCCAAGGCUCAAUCCAGUUUUGUACAAUCCCAUUUCACCUGCAAGCCUGGCUUCUUGGCUCUUUUUAUUUCUUUUUUUUUUUCCCAUGGUUCUCCCAGCAAGGCCCAUUUGGGCAUUAAACUUCUGUGAUAACAUGUGAGCUUACAAUUCUGUAUCAGAGAAAUGCUGCUUAGAGUUCCAAGAGCAGCUUAUGUGAGAAUUCCCUGUGAUGCAGCUGGAAUUAAGGGCUUUGUGUUCCCAAGAUUGUCCUGUUUAAGGGAAUAUUGAAUUUGCUCUGGGCUGAAUUCCUUCACUGUACUUUUUUAAAUUAAUCCACUUGAAUAUUUUAUAUUUGUGCUAAACUUGAUUUUUGUUGAGCUUGA